CAUUUAUUAGCACUUUUCGUCUUACAUACAUUUGAUAGAAAUGUUUGUCACUCGGCAUCUACUCGCCUACAUAUGCGCAACAAUUUUCGCUUUUUAUAUAAUUAUUUGUGAAGGAGGACAAGAGGAGGCCUGGAAUUGUUUAGAGGACCGAUGUUGUUCCAUUGAUUUUAGCAAAAUGUUGGUGUCGGUGGAUUUCUUACUGUAUGCGUGUGGUACAAGAGUGGAUGACGAAUGGACGUACAGCUUAUUUUUGGACACCGGCGAAGAGAUGGACUACAUUGCCUAUCAUCCAUACACUAAGUUGGAUGAGACACAGUACUGUGGUGAAAUUUGUGAGAGAAUCAUGGUGUGCAUCAAAUCGAAUACAUUCACAGUAUCAGAGGAAAAUGGUGGUUCCGCUGAGUGGUGUUUCGAAGGGCAUGUUGAAGUCAAUAAUGAGACCUUAUAUAUGGAUGAGAAUAUUUGUUUGAAUUUUAACAACGAUGUGAUUGAUAUACCAGGUGAUGUGGUUGAGUUUCUUUCCACAUCCAAUAUCUGGUGAAUUGCGGUCAUUGACUGUGUAUUUUAAACGAUACGAAGGGUAUUUGAUUUCUUAAAGUCUCUGUACAAGCAGUGUUAUUGUUUUUACAAUAAAUAAUUAAAUGUAAAAAUAAAUUAAAAUUAAAAAAAUUUA